CUUACAAUUACGUCAUUUCAUGCUUGAAUAGACUUCAUCACAUUAGUUGCCAGACAAGGACAUUUCUGCUUUGCUCAGCGUUCUAGGUAAAGCAACUGCGUAAAAAUGGUUACAAAAUCGCUUCCCGCUCUUGGAUUAGAACGAGAAUAUGGAGAGAAGAUAGACAAAUGUAUAACCGACACAUUAUUAAAAGCAGGUGCGGGAUUUCUUAUUGGAGGAGUAUUUUCUUUUGCCUUAUUCAAAAGACGAGCGUGGCCCGUGACAUUAGGAACUGGAAUUGGACUCGGGAUUGCUUAUAGAAACUGCGAAGACAAUUUACGAAGUCAUUAUAUUAAAAAAGACGAAGUAGAAAAAGCAACUUCUCUGGUGGAAAAGGCUCCGACUGUAGAAAAAAUUCCAACUGAAAAAUUAGAUGAUGAAACCAAUGAACUUAUGAAAGCAGGACUUGAAGAAGUGAAAAAAUUUUCAGAAACAUUAAUAGGGGACAGUUCUAAUGAAGAACCCAUACAAGCUUUUGAAAAUGAAACCCAAAAAUCUGAAUAACUUAUUUCAAACUAUGUUUAAUUAGUCAAAACUAUAUAAAUGAGCAUUUGUUAAAGCCUGUAAACGCAAUUACUGAAUUAUGUGGUAAUAGCAGUAAUCAAAAAUCUGUAUCACAGUUCAAUCCUGACAAACCAUUGUAACCCUAAGCAGUUCGCUAUGCACACGCCUUUCACCAUGAACAGUAUCCGCCCAUCAGGCUUAUGCGACAAGAUUGACAACUGAUAGCUUUUGAUCAUAUGAGCUUGGUAUCUAAGUUUGCUGCGAACCCUAAUGCCUGGAACUGGUACAAACUGUUGAAACAGACCCAGCUGCAUGUAAUAAGUAAUUUUUCACAAUAAUAUUUUUAUAGGGGGUAGUAAAAUGAAAAGGGCGUUAUGAAAUGAGUCCCCACUAAAAAAGCAGUUCCUUGUAAAAUUGCUUUG